AUGCUCGGUAUCCGUACUGCACUCAAGCCCGAUCUGGAGUGUUCCGCCGCCGAACUGGUCUACGGUACUAGCCUACGGAUUCCCGAUGAUUUUUUCGGGUACUCUCAAGGCUCAGCCGACUUGGAUCCCGGCGAUUAUGUGCAAAGAUUGCGCCAUGCCAUGACUCAUCUUCGGGCCACUCCUCCACGUGCUUCAACGAGUAAGUCGUACAUCGACCCGAACCUACUAGCAUGUUCUUUUGUAUUUGUCCGCGUAGAUAGCGUUCGUUGGCCACUGCAACAGCCCUAGGACGGCCCAUUUCGAGUACUAUCUCGAACGGACAAGCAUUUUACAAUUGACCGUGGAGGCCGCAACGACGCGGUCUCAGUCGAUCGCUUGAAGGCGGCUUAUACCGAGCCUCUUUCAACUUCCCCAACCGAACAACCUUUACUUGGCACAUUGCCACUUGCUAUUUCCCAGACUCCACGUACGCCAAAUAACCCUGCGUCUUCACUUAUCCCACUGACUCCUCCCCUUACACGCAGCGGUCGUCAUGUCCGUUUUUCCUACCGUUACCAAUUUUUACAAUAUGCAUAAGACUCCCUUCUUCUCCUUCUAUUAGCAAUGACUUUUUGAACUCCGUUAUCCUAGGAGGGGGAAUAUUGUAGUGACAUUUAAGUCCGUUUAGUUUUAACCAGUUACAAUACGCUUUUUGAAGGACUUGACGCAGCUUUGGAUGAGACAUAGAACAAGCACGUGCAUUUUUACCGGCUGACGACUUGGUUCAUAUUUACUAGUUUGUAACUGUUGGGAUACUGUUAUCCUCGUUCCCUAGAUAGCCUACUCACUGUCCCCAACUAAUGUGUUUAUCACUUACCGUAGCGUGUAUCAACCCCCUUGACACUGACUACGGUAUUGACGCAUUACAGUGGUGGUUUCGAAGUGUUCGGUAUCAUAAAUACCAAGACACUUUUGCGAAUAUUUUAUGGAAUGUCGAAUUCCUCUCAAGAAAUAUGCCCUUGUAUUGUCGUCUGGGGGUAGUCGGUUGGACGCAGAAGGAGGGUUUCACACUUCUGAACAUUAAAAUCCAACAGCCAUCGCUCAGGCAAGAUAUGCAGUCGGUGCAGAUUAAAGUCGCAGGCACUCGAGUUUAUAAAGUAUGUAAUUAAAAUUGAGAAUGAAGAGUAGGAGCCUAAGAACCGGGUCAUGAUGAACACGACUGGUCCCAUUCACCCGGUCCGAUUGACAUUCUCCUAUACAGAUGCGUUGAGUUUGACCAAAAGGGAAUGUCCUUACUUAAUUUAGAAGGUUUCCUUCGGCAUCAAGGAUGCUCAGUCUAUGCUAAAGAUGAUAAUGGGGGACACUCUGUAAGGCUUCGUGGAUAUCGAUAUGCAUUACAUCUACUUCGAAGAUUUCCUCUAGAGCUUUAAUCCACACCUCCAGACUAGUCGGAAGAUUUGAGGGCAGAAACAACCUAUUAGAAAAGCAUAUUUAAAAUUCUCUAUGAUGUUAUUUUUAUUUCAGAAUUUUACUACACCGCACAUUAUAAGGAUUUUCGGCGUCCAACAAGGAAGGCAGGUCAAACUUAUUGACCUAAAGUUGCUUACAACUAUCCAACUACUCCUUUAUUUAAUGAAACAACAAUGACUACCUGCAACGCCGAAUUCAAGAUCCUUGUCUGCAUGACAGCCCGCCGGCUAUGUGGAUAACUCCUUUAAUACCGGCCAAAGAAACCCACUGGUUCAGGAGACCUAGUUGGUUGAAUAUGAGCGAGGGUUCGUCGUAUGUCUUCGAUGAAAGGGCAAAGAUUUCAAUGGCGACAGUAUUUUGAAACAAUGCGUUAAAAUUCCAUUUUCUUGUGCGGGGGACCUCCGAGAUGUAGUACAGUCUGCGGCGCAGGUAAAAUGGCAUAGUUUUCCGAUUAUUCUAAUAGACAGAUAAAAAUGUCUUUGUAUUUCGUGAGGUUUUGAUGCAAACACCAAUUUAUCCCAAAAAAUCUUCUCGCGGAACGAAUACUGUCUCUAUUGAAGUAGUCUUGUUACUCCUCAUUCUAAAUCGAUGUCCGAGACCGCUCCAAAAUAAAACUCUGACUAGUACAUAUGGAGGAGUCAUAUUUUUUGAAGUUUGGAGGCUCAAAAUUCGGUAUGGCUAAAUUUGUUUCCACGGUGGGGCGAUUUUAUGGGUGAAGGAGUGCCUACACUCCCAAAAACAACAGCCAGCCAAUAACUGGAGUCCACGUGCGUCUUCUCUACUGCGCUGUCAGCUUAAUCGAGGCGCCUCUCCAUUGGCUUCCCCCAUCGGGCUUGAUCAAUCUGCGUAUUCGAAUUAUCGACCGGCUCGUCUAGAAUGUUCUUCCCGAAGGUCAUUGGGCCGAAUGCCGGCGAACCACAGCAGGGCGAUAUAAAUAUGCGUUACUUCCGGUUAAUUUUGACUUGCAAUUUCCAAAUAGACAUUUUCGUGGCCGGUCGCGUUCUCCUUCUCUGCCGCGUUGGUAUUGGGGACAAGGGUCGAGUGCGUAUACGUUCCACGGGGUUUCAAGUACCAGGCCGAGUCAUAACAAAUUGGCGACGCAGUUUUUCAACUACCAUAGCUGACGAGUACGCCGACUUGAAGCAGAUUUUGCAGCAGCAGCUGAAGCUGAUGGAGGCCCUGGUCGUCAAGCUAUCCAAUUCAUCCAUGGGCCAGUCAAGCGCGGCUGGUAGUUCGCAUUCUCUCGAUCAAAUGGCCAACAGCCUUACCGAAUUCUUGUAUGCCCCGCAGACCCAUAUCACUUUCGAUUCCUGGUACAAACGAUAG